CAUUGAACCUCACAAGAGAACAAUGAAGGAUUCACAUCGCUGCGGCCCACACAACUUGUGACAUCCACGGACUGAAGACUAACCAUUGUUCUAUUCGGGAUGAAAAAAGAACCCACGGUGCCAUCGAGUGACGGAUCAAUCACCGCUAUUCAGCUCGACUUCAAGGCGCAUUUGUUCUGCAUCCUCUGCCGCCAAGGAGACACCGUGAUGGUAGAUCAACUGCAUGUCCCACGACACAUGGCAGAUUGCACUGGUUUCUACGCGCACGUGUAGCGCCACAGCGUAUCCAUGGUAACAACAAAGGUCUGUUAAGAAGAUCCAUGAGACCGAGGCUUCGCCGAAAUGGGAACAAGGGACCCUCACAGAACAAAGUGUGGAGGAGGUGACGGGAUGUUUUGUGGAUGUGUUGAUCUGAAAACACCAAGUACAAACCAGGAGAACCCGCUGCCUAUUUGACAACAGGUGGACGAAUCUCAACGAACAGGUGUGGUCGGCAGGCGGGGUUACCCCCCACCCGACCUCUUCCGCCCCUCGUCAUCAUUGGCUGGAAGCGGUCACCUCUUUCGGGGCCGGUCGUGCAGCUCGCCCGGGGGAGGAGGUGGAGCGAUUGUACCCUGCUGCUGGGCGGGGGGCGCAGUACGGACUAACCGUUCGGAGAUCCGCUGGGUUUUUUAAUCGUCACCAAUGAUGGAUGAGCCGAAUAUCCUGCGACGUCGCGGUUUACAGAAAGAACUGAGUCUUCCUCGCAGGGUAAAUGUUUCCCGUAACAACAAGAGAAGGAGCCUGGCGGUGGGGACCACGUCGCCCACGCUCUCGCGGCCUCUUUCACCUCUCCCACUGGCCACAGCUGGCAACAGCCCCUCAGAAAGCCCCAGAAAUGUUUCUGCCAGCACCUCUGCCAACUUCCAGUUCGCCCGAAGCCAACUGGCACGCACUGAAAGGGCGGAUGGGCGAAGGUGGUCCGUGGCGUCUGUUCCCUCCUCUGGAUACUGCACCAAUGCCCCCAGUUCAUCAGUAUCUUCCUCUUCUUCCCAGGAGCUAUUGCACCAGUUGCCCUUCCAGCCCACACAAGAUGAUCUCCACUUCCUGUUCAAACAUUUCCGCAGCACGGAGAGUGUGGCGGACGAGGAAGGAGCACAGGCCCCGCCUCCUGUCAGGCUCCGCUCUCGCAGUCUCAGCCCUGGACGAACCUGUGGAACAUUUGACAAUGAAAUUGUCAUGAUGAAUCAUGUCUACAAAGAACGCUUUCCUAAGGCGACAGCCCAGAUGGAGUGUCGACUGCUCGACAUCAUCGCAGAGUGUUCCCCAGACACGGCCCUGCCCCUGGCUGAUGGCGUGCUGGGAUUCAUUCAGCACCAGCUGGUGGAGCUCGCCAGAGACUGCCUGGACAAGUCCCAGCAAGGCCUGGUCACCUCCAGGUACUUUGUGGAGCUUCAGGAGAAACUGGAGAAGCUGCUGCACGAGGCGUAUGAGCGAUCAGAGAGCGAGGAGGUGACCGUCAUCACCAAGCUGGUCAAGAAGAUUCUCAUCAUCAUCUCUCGGCCGGCCAGGCUCCUGGAGUGUCUGGAGUUUGAUCCAGAGGAGUUUUACCAACGUUUGGAGGCUGCAGAGGGUCACGCCAAGGUGGGCCACGGCAUCAAGACUGAUAUUCCCAGAUACAUCAUCAGCCAGCUCGGCCUCAACAGGGAUCCCUUAGAAGAGAUGGUUCACCUGGAGCAGACAAGUCCACUGCACAGAGCGGCCAGCAGAGAGUCUGAUGACACGGGAGACGCAACACCUUCCCAGAGCCGCGCAGCCGGCACCCCUCCUCGUAGGAAACCACUGGAGAGCGACUUUGAGACUAUCAAGCUCAUUAGCAAUGGCGCCUACGGGACUGUGUUUCUGGUGCGCCACAAGGAAACCCGUCAACGCUUUGCCAUGAAGAAGAUCAACCGGCAGAACCUGAUUCUUAGAAACCAGAUCCAGCAGGUGUUUGUUGAGCGAGACAUCCUCACCUUUGCUGAAAACCCAUUUGUGGUUUCUAUGUUCUGCUCUUUUGAGACACGGAGGCACCUUUGCAUGGUCAUGGAGUAUGUGGAAGGGGGAGAUUGUGCCAAUCUAUUGAAGAACAUUGGUCCUCUGCCUGUGGACAUGGCUCGGAUGUAUUUUGCAGAGACCGUCCUGGCUUUGGAGUAUCUCCACAACUACGGCAUCGUGCACAGAGACCUGAAACCUGACAAUUUGUUAAUAACCUCCUUGGGACACAUUAAGCUGACAGACUUUGGGCUGUCAAAGAUUGGUCUAAUGAACAUGACCACCAACUUGUAUGAAGGACAUAUUGAAAAGGAUACUAGAGAGUUCCUCGACAAACAGGUGUGUGGCACUCCAGAGUACAUUGCUCCAGAGGUGAUCCUGAGGCAGGGCUACGGGAAGCCAGUAGACUGGUGGGCUAUGGGCAUCAUCCUCUAUGAGUUCUUAGUGGGCUGCGUGCCUUUCUUUGGAGACACACCAGAAAAGCUUUUUGGUCAGGUGGUCAAUGAUGACAUCAUCUGGCCUGAGGGGGAAGACGCUCUGCCAGCUGAUGCCCAGGACCUUAUCACCAGAUUGUUGAGACAGAGCCCUCUGGAGCGCCUGGGAACAGGUGGAACCACUGAGGUGAAGAUGCACCUAUUCUUCUUUGGUUUGGACUGGAACGGCCUCUUGAGACAGAAAGCUGAAUUUAUACCUCAACUAGAGACGGAGGAUGACACCAGCUACUUUGACACCCGAUCAGAGCGCUUCUGUCACCUGGACUCAGAUGACGACGAUGAAACCAACGAUGAUGAGUCGUCUCUGGAGCUCCGACAGUUCUCCUCCGUGGCCCACCGCUUCAGCAAGGUGUACAGCAGCACGGAGCACCUGUCCACCUCCACGCCGUCCAACCAGAGCCUGUCGUCAUCAGAGCGAAGCGUCAGCGAGGAGAAGGAGGAUCGAUGGGACGGAAGGGGAGUCCUCUCCCCUGGCGAUGGACACAAACACUUGGCCAGUGGAGACAAGAGGACAGAUGGACACAGGGGAAGGUGGGAGCAUGAAACUCUGCGUCCUCGUGCGUCGUCGAGCUCCUCCCAGUCAGAGCGCAGUGCGAGCCCACUGGUGAUGAACAGCACCCAGAGCCUCGACAUCAUGCCUCGCUUCGCCAUCUCUGCCGAGGAGGAAGACGGGAUGGUCUCCAACUUCCGGCGCAUUCGGCUCCGAAGCAACAGCACAGGCACCAGGCCUUCCUUCCGACGAGGGGCGUCGCGGCGCAUCGCCCACCAGCUGGAGACCCCCGAGAAGCCCAGGUCCUCAGCUGGAAAAGUGCCCAAGUCUGCCUCUGUCUCUGGCCUCUCCCUCAUCAUCACCCCAGAUGACUCUGCAGGUCCUCCUACGAGCCCCAAAUCGUCCUUGUCCCUGUCGUCCAAUCCCUCGUCCAGAGAUUCGUCCCCCAGCAGGGACCUGUCCGUUAGUGUCAGCUGCCUCAGACCUCCUGUGGUCAUCCACAGCUCGGGGAAGAGAUUCGGCUUUGCGUUGCGGGCUAUCAGAGUGUACAUGGGAGAUAGUGACGUCUACACGGUUCACCACAUGGUCUGGUGUGUUGAGGACGACAGUCCAGCACUCGAAGCAGGAUUGAGAGCUGGUGACCUCAUCACUCACGUGAACGGGGAGUCGGUCCAGGGACUCGUCCACACCGAGGUGGUGGAGCUCCUGCUCAAGAGUGGGAACAAGGUGACCCUGCAGACUACUGCACUGGAGAACACUUCUAUCAAGGUGGGCCCUGCCAGAAAAGCCAGCUACAAGGCCAAAAUGGCCCGACGCAGCAAGAAGAGCAAAAGAAAGGACGGACAGGACAGCCGACGUCGUAGCAUCUUGAAGAAGCUGUCUAAGCACACUCCUCCUCCACCCAUGCAGAGUAGUCGUAGCUUCUCGUCGGGUUUCCACCAGUCAUCUAGCGACAGCCUCUCCGGCUCUCCCACGCAGUCUCUCUCUCCUGGGCCUUCUACGCCUUGUCGCUCUCCUGCUCCUGAUCACUCUGGAGAUUCAAGUUCCUCUCCUUGCUCCAGCUCCCCUAACUCGCCUGUCCCACAGGCCCGUCCCAGUUCCUUACACGUGUUGGGUCGCUACAACAAAGCCGGUCGCUGCAAGUCCACCAGCAGUAUCCCUCCCUCACCGCUGGCCUGCAUCCCCCCUCCUCAGCCCGUCUCUCCGCAGUGCUCUCCCUCCUGCCUCCCCAGUCACCCCAAGUCCCUGCAGGGUUUCCAUGGCAAGACUUUGUCCCCCCCCACCAUCACCCGCCAUUCUGUGCGUCCCCGCAGUGCAGAACCGCCACGGUCGCCGCUCCUCAAGAGGGUCCAGUCUGCAGAGAAGCUGACAGGCGACAAGACGACGGGGGGUUACCAUGUAGAUAGGAAGGCCUACAGCACCCGUCGCCAUACCAUGGAGGUUCCUCUGUCUGAAGGGGAGGGGCUGGAGGACAUGGAGGGCUACACCGCCACCGGGUUCGUCUGUGUCGGCGAGCACGGCCGUCAGGGUCUCUACAUAGGAGGGCAGAGGGGCCACCAGGACACGGCCAGUGGGGGCAGCGAGCAUUACCGCUCUACCACCUCGCCACAGCACCGCGGCGGCAGCCACCACUCCGAAGAGGUGGUGGUGAUGAGGAAGCUGGCGCUGUCGGAGCGAAGGGACUCCUUCAAGAAACAGGAGGCCGUGCAGGAAGUGAGCUUCGAUGAUCUGGAGGAGAGAGAGACAACGCCGAGCCCAACGCUUCCCGUCACGCAGCAGAAAGCAUUCAAGGCAUCCUGGAUGAACUCGGCCCAGUCAGAGUCUGCCGUGAGGCCGGAAAGAAGUGGAUCGCAGGGUUCAAAAACUCCUCAGAAAGCCAAGUCGAAGGACAAAGAAGGGUUUUAGUUGUGUCACUUCGAGCCUCAGUGAGGAGGGGAGAAGUGAAGUCUUUGACCUGCUACUGUAAUUUCAUUUGAAGGCCUUGCAUGUGUGUCCAGAAAGCUGUGACCAAGUCCCAAAUCAUCACAGGCAACUGCUUGAAGACAGAAGAACAAAAUAACAUUGAUGUACAGUGUCUCAGUAAUAUAUGCAUCCUGCAACACUGUUAACAACAGAAUGACUGCCAAACCAUGUUUACUUCCUAGUUGCUUGUUUCUUCUCUUGGUUCUCAAAUCACUGUGGCACCUGUGACCGAUGCAUUUUAUUUAUGACUUUUUAUGUUCAUCCUGUUUUUCUGGCUGCUGAAAAUGCCUCAGAUGCUUCAGCUGCUCUUAGUUCAGGAAACGCACAAAAGAACAGGCGCACAGAAAUAUGUCAAUGUGGUUUUACAGCAGUUGCAGAAAAGGGCAGGUAACGGCAGUCAAUAUCGUACCAUUUCCUCUUCUUUUUUUAUACCUCAAUACCUGCCAAGAACUGGGUGUUGUUUCAUGUUCAGAUUGGGUCUUUGGAACCUGCAGCAUAUAGUGUAUAUUACGGAAUUUCAGACGAUCCUCUGCGUGCUGCCUCUCUGUCACGCUGAUCAUUUCACGGACCAUUUCAACCAGUCGAUUCCAAACUUUGGCCUUGCAUUAACAUCUUUUGACGGACAACAAUAUAAACUAUCUUAUUACUUGGAAGUCUAGCUGUGGUGCCAAAGCAUGGUUUAGCCAUAGGAAUCCAUUUGAAAAGAGGUACUGUAGUUGUAUAUAAGAAGCUUCAUGCAUGCAUGGGCUCUUCUUUCACUUCCUGUCUGUCCUUUAAAAACCACGUGUCACUCCUCCAGCAGUGGUGUAAGUCAUUACCUGAUCCACAUACAGGUGUGUAGAUCAAGCUCUGUGACUACAUGGAUCCGGGCUGUUGUCGCUGUCCUGUAAAACCUUGUUGAAUCGAGCCUCCGUCCAGCUCCCUCACGUAGUCUAGCUCAAGUGUGUUGCACAAGUUGUUGUAGCCGUAUAACAGUUUUAGAGCACAUUCAUAUUUUAGGACGACUUACUCCUGCGUAGGAUUCAACAAACUUGUUCCCUUGGCUGUUUUCUGUUAAUGCGUGUUAUGAAUGAAUGUUUACCUUAUCGGGGGAACCUGAGUGUGACAUUUUCAUGGUAUUUGUUAAAUUAUUAGCCCCAAAAAAAGAACAUAAUUCAACCUGAAGGUCCUGAGUGGGUGAAGGAAUGAGUAGAGGUGAUAUCUUUUUGUAUAUUUUGAUAUGGAAACAGUCUUGUUGCAGUUCUGAUAACCUAUGCUGUUGAUGUAUGUUGUAUAAACAAUGGUGGACCUUAUAACAGCUGUAGAUGGUGUUUGAAAGUGACCUUGUAAGGGCGUAUGGACUACAUUGUGUGACGUGACAGGGUCUUAAUCUCAUGUUGCAAUCAGCCUCAAAGGAUUGUGCAUGCUUCACAUCCCAGAAGAAUAUUGCCAAAAUGGUAUAACACAUUUUAUUUCUUUUGUUUUUAAUGACUGGAAAUUAUAAAUCCAAAGGGCCUUGAAUUCUUAAACGUGAUGCUAAGUAACUGAUUUGAGUUUUUACAGUAGUAUUUAGUUAAGAUAUGGGAUUGUGUUUUCAGCUAUGUAUUCUUUAUUUUAUACGUUUGCGGCCAUUCUUAAUCUCUUCCUUAUUGUUUUCAUUCAGGAACACUUUGCAUUAGUAACCAAAAAUGCUUCCGGUCUUGUUUCAGAUUGAUUAUUUACAAAGAAGCGUUUUUUUAAAUUCAAUGAUGACAGACAUGUAUAUUGUUGCCUAAUGGAGGGAACCAGUAAUGUGGAAAUUCAUAACAGAUGUUUAGCACAUACUAAGCCUUGAAAUGUGGUCAGAUAUUGUGAGGUUCAAAUUAGAAGUUAGAAGUUUGUUCGUCUGCUCGGGGGAAACUAAACAUUUUUGUGUGUAUGGGAUUUAUCCCUGAAUUUUUAAUGCAAUAUACAAUAUACAUAUACAUAUGUAUUUUUUUUAUGAUUUCAGUUUUUUUUAUUUUGUACCCCAACCAAAACAGUGAUAGUGUCUCUUAAGUUGAAUCAUCAUUUUAUACUUUUUUACUAUUUUUUGGGGGUCUCAGCAGCAACAAUCCGUGCCAGCGGUGAGAACAACUCAUCUCUGUUUGUGUCACCAUGUGUGGGAUGAACGCCAUGUCUUCACAGCGACCAUUCUCCAUCUUGUUUCUAACGUCUUCCACACUUGCUUUAGUGUUUUCAAAAAGAUAUUGUUCUCCUUUCGACCCCUUGAAAUUUCUACCACGUGGGUAUCUGAUGCGGACUGGUGUGAUAUUGUUUUUUUUAUUGUCUUAACAGUGCUUGAAAUAAAUGCAUUACAAAGAGACUACAAAGUCCAGGACUACAAA